CGUGCGUGCGUGCGUGCGUGCGCUCGGCGGCGGCGCGUCCCGAGCCCCGAAUGAACGCCCCGGUCCCGGUGGGCGAGCGGCCCUGAGCGACCCGCGAGCGGGGACGGGCCGUGCCGAGCCGUGCCGAGCGGCUGCUCCUCCUGCACCCCGCCCGCCGCACGGCAUUGAGAGGAUUGCAGUGGCAUUCUAAGGUCAUUUAAAAUCAUGACAAGCUCAGUCGGACAGAAGAAAGUCUCCUCCAGACAAAGGAAGUGUGGGUUCUGUCGGUCGAAUAAAGAUAACGAAUGUGGGCAGUUGCUGAUGUCGGAGAACCAGAAGGUGGCGGCACAUCACAAGUGUAUGCUGUUCUCAUCCGCACUGGUUUCUUCACACACUGAUAAUGAGAGUCUUGGUGGAUUCUCUAUUGAAGAUAUUCAGAAAGAAAUAAAGAGAGGUACAAAACUGAUGUGCUCUUUAUGCCACUGUCCCGGAGCAACCAUUGGCUGUGAUGUGAAAACGUGUCACAAGACAUAUCACUACUACUGUGCUUUGCAUGAUAAAGCUCAGAUAAGAGAGAAACCUUCACAAGGCAUUUACAUGAUUUUAUGUCGAAAACACAAGAAAACUACGCAUAACUCUGAAGAUUUAGAAGAAAAUAUCAAUGAACACGAAUUGGAGCCUUCGCCUCCCAAAGGAAAAAGGAGGGGUCGUAAGGGAAAGCCAAGAAAAACAAAUUUCAAAGGGCAGUCAGAAGACACUAGAUCUACGUCCUCACAUGGCACAGAUGAAAUAGAAAGCAGUUCCUAUAGAGACAGGUCUCCCCACAGAAGCAGCCCCAGUGAUACAAAACCUAAAUGUGGAUUCUGUCAUGCAGGUGAAGAAGAAAAUGAAGCUAGAGGAAAGCUUCAUAUAUUUAAUGCCAAAAAGGCUGCAGCACACUAUAAGUGCAUGUUGUUCUCUUCUGGCACUGUCCAGCUAACAACAACUUCAAGGGCAGAAUUUGGUGAUUUUGAUAUCAAAACUGUACUUCAAGAAAUCAAGAGAGGAAAAAGAAUGAAAUGCACACUCUGCAGCCAGCCUGGUGCCACUAUUGGGUGCGAAAUCAAAGCCUGCAUAAAAACAUACCAUUACCACUGUGGAGUAGAAGACAAAGCUAAAUACAUUGAGAAUAUGUCACGAGGAAUUUAUAAACUCUAUUGUAAAAACCAUAGUGGAAAUGAUGAAAGAGAUGAAGAGGAUGAAGAAAGAGAAAGCAAAAGCCGUGGCAAAUCAGGCACUGACCAUAAUGACAUUCCUCAGCAGCAGCUCAAUGGAAACUAGGUAUGGAAGUUACUCCUGACAGAUCUGUUACCAAGACUGAAACGCAAUAUACAAUUAAUGUAGUUUAUUGCAGUGAAGUAUUUAAAUCUAGUGUAUGCAGAGUACUUUUUAUUGGCAUACUGUAGAAGAAUGGGGAGGAUUUGUUGUUUUUUAAAUCCAGCUGACUUUGUAACAGUGUAAGAAGGGAGGCCCUCAUUUCUAUUGCUAAACGUAGAUGUAAUGUCAGAGCUGCAAAAUGCUUUUCUGUAUGAUUCUAAAUUUACUAUUGUUUUCAUCAUUUUUUAAACAGGUUCAAGGGACAGAGUUAUAGAACUGGGAAUGGCUAAGACAUCAUAACUACUAAUUCUUUUAAAUUGUUUUCUAAAAAUCAGAAAAGGGUUAGUAACUUUUUACUACCCAUCUCUGUUAGAAAUUUCAUUGAACUGCCUGAAACGUUCAUGUGUGUGAGCCUUCAGUAAGUGGCAGAGUUUUACAUGUCAAUAUUAUGUAGUUUGUAGUCUGCAGUGUCUGGAAAAAAUGAAACACUAUAUAAAUGAUAUGUAAUAUGUACAGUGUCAAAAGUUAAGGCAGACAUUGAAAUGAAGUAAGAUCUAUAUUUCUGGACUGAAUAAAAUCCUUAAGAUUUGGAAUGUGUAAGUUGUUUAGUGGAUUCACACAAUGAGGGAUGGUCUUAGCUAGUUCAAUUAACAACAUGGACAAGUCCGUGGUGGCAAUGAGCGGGUACUUUGUGAAUUUUGCGUUUUCUUCCUGCACAAGUUCCGGAGACUGUACAUGGGAAAGCUGCGCUGUUUUUGCUUGGGAAGCACCCAGUAGGAAAGAACUCGGUGUACACGAAGCACGCUUGAACAUUUCAGGUUGUUCCUGUUGUGAUUGCUCAUUCCGCCCGGCAUUGUUUGCAGGAGAUUUACUUGAGCAGCUGUCGGUUCUGAGCUGUGAGCUUUAGAACUCAUGCCAAAGGGCUGUAGUUCAUUCUUUCCCCAACAACCCACCUCUUUCUGUGUCUUGAUUUACGAAGAACACUUCACUAAGUGUAAUUAAAACCUUACUAUACAAAUGUUUGGACUUCGCAGCCCAGUCUCUUUUACUUCAGAGAGUUAAAACUCUUAACUCACUAUGGAAUUUAGCCACCAUAUCUGACGUCCAUACCUCAGGUGUUCUCUGUUGUGUGGAACACUUUAUGUUUUGUCAAGAAUGUGCAUAAAGGUCCCAUAUUCUGUGAGAAGAAUGAGGAAACAACCUUUUUUUGCUAGAUGGGUAUUUAUUUUUUAAUUGUAUGACCACUAUAUGAGAAACUUCAUGUAUCAUCCUUAUUGUUCUAGUGAUAUUUUUUUUUCCUUUCUCUUUCAAGUCAACAAUCACAUCAUGGAAUUCUACUUGCUAGAAUUUGAUGUUCCUUUAGGGAAUGAUCAGAUCUAGGUUAUACCGAACCUAACAGAACAGUCCUCUGACUGCUUUUAAAACACCUUGUCAUUUCUAAUGGCUAUUGGCUUCUUCAAUUGGUCUAUUAAAGCACAUCCUCAGACUUAAAUAAAACCAAAAAGCUGAAUCUAGUCCACAUGUUUGUCUGUUGCUACCACAAUACCUUAUUGUUUGUUUAGGGUUUUGACUUGUUUCACUCUGAACUCCCAACAACUCGUCUGGAUUUGAAACAAGCAAAAGACACUGAUUUGACUAUAAACUGCUACAUUUCUUCUGUGAUUGGUAUUGCAAAAACAGUUAAUUUGUAACAUGAGUUCCUGUAGCAUUUUUUACUUGUAUUUUUAAAAGAUUUAACGUGUGUCAUUUGUCUUCUUAUGCAUUCCCUUAAUGUCUUGAGGGACUCAAUUACUGUACGUUGGAGUUUCUAACAUUUUACCUGUUAGAAUUCAAUCAAUUCUCUUUGCUUUCCUGGAGAAUAAUGGUGUUUGGAAAGAAAUAUUGCUGUGUACAGAAAAUAUUCAGUUACUGCUCUAAACAUGAUGCCAUUGAUCAUUUUUAUUUUGUAUUUGUAACUUUCAAAAUUAAAAGCGUGACUUGAAUUGCAGUGACAGAUCGGUUAUUGAAAUUGUCUAUCAAGGUGUUUUGUUUCUCCUAGAAUAUGAACAUUUUUCAGCCACUCAGAACACUUUUAGAAUGCAAAAUAGCAUCCUUCAAUAUUUAAAUUAUGUCAAUUUGUGCCUCAGACAUGGCCCUCCCAUGGAAAAAAGGCACUUUGUUUGCAGCUACUGUAUUUAACUAAGUUUGCAUGGGGUAGAUCUGCCAGCAUACUGACUGUGCUUGAGACUGAGCUCUGAUUCAUUGUGUGUCAGUGGCUUAGUAUAAUAUUCAGUCCAAUAACUCACCUGUUAUGGAUAAACAACCCCAUUCCAUGCCUCAAAGAACCAGAACAGCACUUUACCUUCAGGUAGCAGAAAAGCUAGUGGCUGGUUUCUGUUACCCCUGUGUGCUGAAAUGGCAUGGUGAAACUGUCAUCAAUUCAGAAUUCAUGGAAGCAAAGUCAAAAGCAAAACCCUUUUCUUACAAGCCUCAAAUUUGUCUUAACUGACUUCAACUCAUGUAUGCUGGGUAAAAGUGCCUUAAAAUGUAAAAAUUGUAUUUAUAUGUUCCCAAGUAGCAUCACCUGCUGGGGAGUAAUUCUGUUGUGGUGUUAAUAUUUAGAAGAAAUGUACCUCAGCAGUGUAUUUACUGUACAUCUCUUACGUCCUUAAUUGUAGUUUUAAAAAGCAUGACAAUGUAUGAUAGUAUACAACAUUUACAUCAUUUUUUUAAAAGACAAAAUAUUGCCAUUACUGUCUUUUCAUGUGUAUUUUAGCUUGGAAUUUCAGACAGUCUGUCUGGAUUUUUUGGGGGUUUGUUUUGAUUUGCGGUUUGUUGGGUUUUUGGUUUGGUUUGGUUUGUUUUUUUUUUUGGUAAAGCAAUGUAAUCUUUGCAAGCAUAUAUUGAACAUUAUUCUGGAGCAUCUACUGCCUUCCCAGAAAUGUUAGAAGUAAUGAAAGUGCUCUAUAGGUGAACUAGGUAUGUUUAAAUUAGCUAGUUAAAUUAAUACAGUCAAUUUGUUACUGAGAUUUUUCUUACUAGCCACCUUCUGCUUUCAUCUCACAAUCAGAGGAUUCAACAUUAUGAAUUCAACAAAACUUGUCUUUACUGGUUUCACUUUAAUUUUUAUUGUUAUUAUGAUUAUUAUUAUUAUUAUUGUUACUUUUUGCCUUUGGGCAUUUCUUUUGCUCACAAGAGGAUUGUGUGCUGUUUAAGAUGCCUGGAACAGUCUGAGAAGGGAGGUUUCUCCCCAGCUCCCUGCACUUCUCCAUUAAGAGAUCUCCCUAACUCACUGUGUCUCUGUGGUCUCCCAGAUCUGUGGUUGUGCUGUUCCCAGAAAGGACUGUACCAAGGAAGGACAGGCAUCACAUGAAUACUGUUCAAGUAUCUUGAGGAUACAGCUGGUGCAGUGCCUGCGUCCCAAGGUGGUCAAACCCUGUAGCAGUGGGCUGUGCUGUCACUCCAUUUCAGGGAAGGGGGAAAAGGCUGGUUCAGUGUCAGUGCAGCUCCCUAGAUGAGGUGCACAGAAGAUUUACUCCUUCAGCAGGUGUUGACCCACAGGAGUUCUGUGAUAAGGCUCUAGUAGGAAUCACACCUACACUCCACAAAGUUUCAGCUUUAGGUACAAAGAGCUGUGCUGAUCUACAAUAGUUUGAGUCUGCCAAAUCCGGCCCUAAAAUGUAGUGUAACAGAAGAGAGUCUGCCUCUUACUCCUGCCUAUAGGAAAAAGAACUUCAUGCUAAAACAGAGUGAAAAAUGAAGAGGUGAUAAUCUGUUUGAAAUAUCAGACUUAUCUGGCAGGUGAUAAUCAGUGCAUUCCAAAAAUAUUAAUACGCUGAAUCAGAUUGACAAGAAAAUUAAUCCUCAUUAGAUUAAAUUAAUCUGAAGAGAACUGAAAGUACACGAUAGCAGUUAGUAACUUCUUCCCUGUCACCAGAUUCCACUGUAUUAGUGAUGGAGCUGAAAAAACAGAACACAGCCCUUGAUUUAUACUUGGUGAAGCAGUUCCUAUACAUGCAUAUGUGUGCACAGCCAUUAGUCAGCAGUGACAUCUCAGCCCUUAAUGAAUCCUGGAGAGCUGGUGCUUGAAAGCCCUCAGGUUAGGCCAACGUUUGCAGCUUUUGCUCUAGCAUACAUUUACAUUAGGUGUAAAGACAAGGAAUGUAUGGAAGAGGGUAAAUGCAUUCCUAUCUACAAUGUUAUGUAUAUUUUGUUCCUGUUAUAUUGGCUUUACUUCCAAAGUUGUAGUUUGCAGUAUUAGUUUCUUUUUAUUGGUAUCCUUGCAUAUAUAUAUUCAAUAAAUGAGUUACGAAUUUCA